AUGGCCGACGAGUCCAGGAGGACUGUCCAUGAUUUAAGGCUUUUAGAGGAUGGUUUGGGUCGAGAUUUGGCAGCAAGCAUAAACAAUAACACUAGUACCCAGAUGGCAAAUCUCAAUAACACCCUACUCCUCAUCUACCAACAAUUAAUGGCUAACGGGAAUAAUGGAGCACACCAAAACGUGGGACACCAGCAUAACAUGCAGGCUCAAAUCCAACCCAACCAAGUCAACAUGGCUGCUACAAGCCAAAUGAAUAUGCAACAGCAGCCAAGGAGGCCAAAUGUGCAACAGCAGCCAAGAAUGAUGUAUCCGCCUUAUGGCAUGCCACCCGAAAUGGGAUUCGGCCAAGGAUUUAUCCCUCAGCUGAACCAAGUAAACAACAAUGUGACUCAAAAUCAUCAGCAGAACAAUCAUCAAGGAGGAGGUCAAGACCGACCGGUUCGACUAAAUGAGUUCCAAAAUUUAGUUGAAGAUCUUAUGGGAGUCUUACCAAGACGGGUGGAGAGACCAAGUUAUGCUAAACCGUAUCCUGCAUAUAUUGAUACCAUCCCGUACCCAGUAGGAUAUCGCAUUCCCUCAUUCACAUUGUUCUCUGGAGAUGCAUAUCAAUCCACUGUAGAACACAUUGGCCGAUUCACUGCCCAGUGCGGAGAGGCUAGCUCUGAUAACAACAAGGUAAGGUUAUUCGUCCACUCCCUCACGGGACCAGUUUUCACUUGGUUCAUCAAUCUCUCACCCAACUCAGUCAAUAAUUGGAGGGAAAUGGAAAGUGUUUUCCAUGACCAAUAUUAUCGAGCGAAACAAGAGAUGAGGUUGGUUGACUUAGCUAAGACGUCGCAGAUGAGUCAUGAGACUGCACAAGAAUACUUAAGUCGCUUCAAAUUAGCUAGAGCACGAUGCCGAGUAAGACUGCCUGAAUCAGAGUUCGUAGAUAUGGCGGUAGUUGGUUUGAGCUUCAAAUUCAGAGAACAUUUUGAAGGUGUUACCUUCAAUGAUCUAUUCGAGCUCAAGAGAAGAAUCGACCGGUAUGAUGCCAUCUUAAGGGAGGAAGCUCAAAAGCGGGCAGCAUCAAAGGGUAAGUAUUACAAGAAUCAGGCCAUUAAUGCGUCGACCGGUUUGGAGUGGAUUUAA